AUGGACCAAAAAUGCUUCCUUUUUUCACUUUCUUUCCUCUUGGUCCUCAAAUCUACAGCAAACGGUGCUUCAUUUAGUGUGGGUGGUGGUGUUGGGGUUGGGGUUGGUGUAGGUGGUGGGUGGGUGGGUGGUGGGGUGAACAUCCCAAGCCCAUCACCUCCUUCACCUUCAAAUCUCAAGAAUGCCUAUUUUGCCCUUCAAGCAUGGAAGUCAGCCAUCAAAAGUGACCCAAAAGGGAUAUUGAGUUCAUGGGUUGGAUCAAAUGUGUGUGCUUAUAAAGGAGUGUUUUGUGCAGAUCCUACACAGGAAAUGGGUGAUCCAUCUGGGCCAGUUGUUGCAGGGAUAGAUCUCAACAAUGGCAACCUCAAGGGCAUUCUUGUCAAGGAACUUUCACUCCUCACAGAUAUUUCUCUACUUCACCUCAAUAGCAAUAGAUUCACAGGCACUAUCCCAGAGAGUUUACAAGACCUUUAUGCCCUCACUGAGCUUGACCUCAGUAAUAACCAGUUCUCAGGACCAUUUCCAUCUGCAACACUUCGAAUCCCAAAUCUUCUCUAUUUAGACCUCAGAUUUAACUCUUUUUCAGGACCCAUUCCACAAGAUCUCUUUAACAAGAAUCUUGAUGCAAUUUUCCUCAAUAACAACCUGUUUGAAGGUGAAAUCCCUCAAAACUUAGGGAAUUCACCUGCUUCUGUGAUCAAUUUGGCUAACAACAAGCUCACUGGUGACAUCCCAAUAAACUUUGGGUAUUCAGGUCCAAGAUUGAAGGAGAUUUUGCUGUUGAACAAUCAGUUGACUGGAUGUAUACCUCAAGGAAUUGGGAUGUGGUCAGAUGUACAAGUGUUUGAUGUAAGUUUUAAUUCAUUGAUGGGUCAUUUGCCAGAUACUAUAUCUUGUUUGGAAGGAAUUGAGGUUUUGAAUGUGGCUCACAACAAGUUAUCAGGUGAGUUGCCAGAUUUGGUUUGUGAGUUGAGAAGUUUGUUGAAAUUGAGUGUGGCUUACAAUUUCAUAUCUGGGUUUAGUCAAGAAUGUGAAAAGUUGUAUGGUAGGAAUGUGGGUUUUGAUAUUGCAUUGAAUUGUAUUCCGGGGUUGGAAAUGCAAAGACCUCAGCCCGAGUGUUCUUUGAUUCCUGGUGGUGGGUUGAGUUGCCUUAGAAUCCCUUCUCUUAGGCCUCUUGCCUGUGGGACUUUGCUUCAAUCUCUAAACUCAUCAGCUCCAUGAGAAAAAAAUAUGAGAUUAGAGAUCGAGAUGAUUCGGGUGUAUUUACGCACAUAGAUACACUCGAAUCAUCUUAGGGAUUUCGUUUUGGAAGAGAGUGAUUUGAUGGGUGUUUCUCACUAAGUGAGAAGGGGUAGAGGAAGAAGUUAUGGGCAAUAACUCAAUGAUCUGUUGGGGGUAGUAUGGUAAAAAGAUUGUCAAUUUAUGUAAUUAGUAUUUGUGUUUGUAUGGAUAACACAUGUUUCAGAAAGAUUUAGCAAUCUUGGUAUAGUUAUUUGACUAGCACUCAUAAUGGAGGUUGACCAUUGGUUUAUUCAUAACC